ACUUAAUUGGCUCAAAGAAAAAGGCAAAAUAGCCCAGCAUAGAUGGAUAUAUAGGUCAUGUACUAAAUAAUCCCCACUUCCACCAGCUAGCUAGUUGCUCUAGAGCAAAGCACCAAGGAAGAAGAUCCAUCUCUCCAAUUGAUUCGUUCUAGGUGCAGCUCGAACCAGCAAACCAUGCAACCCAUGGAGGGGGUUCUGGUUGCUUUGGCAUCCUACGGCGCCACCAUGCUCGCGCAGAUGGCCAAAGAUAAGGUGGCCAUGCUGACCAGGGUCUCCGGCGAGAUCGACGACAUUGGCGUCAAGCUCAGGGACCUCAAAAACUUCCUUGCCGAUGCUAAUAGGAGGAACAUCACUGACGAGAGCAUGCGGCGGUGGGUGGAGGAACUGAAGCGUGCCAUGUACGACGAUGCCAUUGACAUCCUCGAUCGAUGUCGGCUCAAGGUCACAGAGUAGGAUCCAUCCAAAGGCAUGCUCCUCUGCACGAGGAAUCCCCUCGACACAUCACCAAAUUUAUAGGAAGUGAAUCGCUCUUUGUUAGGCGAUGUAAUAAUGUAGGGACUUCGUAAUGUGGAUCCUAUUCGUGCAGCGCGCAAGUGUAACUAACUUGGAAGUGCGAACUCGAAAAAAUAACUCCUCCCUCUAUUUAUGUAAGGAAUAAAAACCGUGAUGCAGAAAUAUACAUACAAUUUAGUAUU